ACCAAAAUAAUUCAACACUUUCAUAAGUUUUUCUUUAGCAAGAAAUGUGAAACAUUUAAAUCUCGUGCAUUCAUCAUGCUGUUGCAGGUUCUGUAUAUUACAGGGUAUAUUAUAUUUUGAUUUUGAUUUGAACUCACUUUUAUUCAAACAUCAAGCAAUAUCCGAGAUGACCUCAUCGCUUGCUAACAUUUUCCCUUAUUUCCAUCAAGUGCUGUUUUUGAUGAUGCUGCUGGUGGCAGAAAUAAUUCAAGCAGACUUGCAGCAGCAGCAGCCAUUUCCUGUGUUGUGCUGGUCACACUCCACCAAUCAUGAAAUCGCAAAGAGGGCGCGACAUCUGCAAGAGCAGUUGAAAAACACAAUGAUGAGGAGCAGCCAGUGUGGCAAACAACACCCAAUUCAUCACACUCCAAUAACUCCAAUAAAGGCAGAUUCCGAUGCAACCCGGGCUUCUGUCCUCGUCAUGUUCCGGCUUAAUGGGCUGAGCAUUGAGUCAUUACAAAACAAUGACACGUCAUUCCACUUUCUACAACGCAUUUUCCAAUCAAAUACAACAAUGAGCUGGUAUGAGCCACGUUUACACAAGAAUGCUUUAGACCAGGGGCUGAAACUUAUGAUGAACAAUUACAACGCCAGUCAUCCCAGUGCCAAUUUGGGUGAUGUUGAAAAUAAAAACAAUCAUACACAACACAUCCAUGGUCCAUUAGGGCAGCAGACCUUGAUAGUGAAGGCCAAUGGCAGACAACAGGCCCUGUCAAUUAUUGCCACAUCUUUACCAUCAUCAGCAGCUGUUCAAAAUGGAGGGUCAAUGGGUUCAGAUAAUGCUACAGCACCAGUCAUUUUUGAUGUAGACCUGUCACCAUCACUUGCUGAACACCCUGCAGUCUUUCAGGACCAGUACUAUGAUAAUGCAGAUGAGGACAUGCAAGUGCUGGAUGAGGCAUUUUCAGCUGCUUAUCCAAAUGCUGUGUUUUUGUUGGUGGGGAAACCUGGGAAACAAGCCCCUUAUUCAUUUUCUGCAUACAAU